GAGUUUGAAGAAGCGGAUAGGAAGGGUCGGGUUGUCCAGAGAAAGAGAGAGGGAGAGAGGAUCUUUUUAUUAUUUACCUUUUUGUUGUUUAUAACGUUGAAUUCUCUCUCUCUCUCCUUCGCCACGGCCUCCUCUUAUUCAAUUCAAUUCGCCGUUUCCUAGUCGGACCGACCGCACAGAUUCCUGGAAUUCCUCAUCAUACGCUUCGCUUUUAAGUAAUUCCUUCUUCUUCUUUGUUUUCCUCCUCCCAUCCUUCUUGCUAUUGCUUGCUUUUUUUUUUUUUUGUUCUUUCCACUUUUCAUCCUUUUCUUUUGACGGUUGACCCUUUAACGGUGGAUCUGGGAUCUGUGUACGGUUUCCAAGUUUUUGCGCGUUCCACGUCUCACAUCUGAUCGGACGGAUUCCCCCCCAUCACCUGGCUACAUGUACGGUUUGUGACCAUUUUCUUACAUUUCUACAGAAAACAUAAUACCGGAAGGCUGCGAGUGAUCAUCCCACUACUACAAUACAAUUUUUUGAGGAGACGAUGGACGAGUUAAUUGCAACCAGAUAUUGGUGUCACAUGUGUUCUCAAAUGGUGAAUCCCAUCGUUGACGUGGAAAUUAAAUGCCCCUUCUGCCGCAGCGGCUUUGUUGAGGAGAUAGGAAAUGGUAUUUCCAGCGACAAUAACGAUAACAACAACAAUAACAAUAAUAACAACGAGCUCGAAUCCGAUUUUGGGUCGGAGCGAGCUUUGUCUCUCUGGGCUCCGAUCUUGCUGGGUAUGAUGGGAAAUCCCCGCGGGCGACGAAGAUUCAGACAUCUAGAGUUUGACGACGACGAUGAUGAUAAUGAGCAUGAGGAUGGCGAGGGGAAUCGUGUGAGUAGUGAGACGACUGAGCUUGAUUCAGUCAUUAGGAGGAGGAGAAGUUCAGCUACCAUUCUUCAGUUGCUCCAAGGUAUCAGGGCUGGAAUUGCAACUGCUGAAUCAGAGAAUAGUUAUGAGGAGAGGAGCAGAGAAAGAGAGAGGGUUAUUCUUAUAAAUCCCUUCAAUCAGACCAUUGUAGUUCAAGGAGGUGAGAAUCAAAAUCAAAACCAAAACUCCAUUGGGUCGCUGGGUGAUUAUUUCGUAGGACCUGGUUUGGAUUUGUUAUUGCAACAUAUAGCCGAGAAUGAUCCCAACAGAUAUGGCACUCCACCAGCACAGAAGGAGGCAGUUGAUGCGCUGCCCACCGUGAGGGUUGAACUUGAGGAGGAUAGCUGUUUGCAAUGUUCAGUGUGUUUGGAUGAGUUUGAGGUGGAUGAAGAAGCCAAGGAGAUGCCAUGUAAGCAUAAAUUUCAUACAGGUUGUAUUCUGCCAUGGUUGGAGCUGCAUAGUUCUUGCCCAGUUUGUAGGCAUCAAUUGCCUGGGGAUGAAUCCAAGCGUGAUGUUGAUGGUGGGUCUGCUGCGAGGUUCAUGAGCGACCUCAAUAAUGGUAAUGGCAAUGGCAGCGGGGAGAUUGAGGGGAGAAAUUCAUCUGAGUCUGGGAGGAGGUUUUCGUUUCCAUGGCCUUUUAAUGGCUUGUUUACUUCCCAAGGAAACUCCUCGGCUGGAAGUGCAAGUGAUUCUCAAAGGGAUCACACUUCCAUUUGAAUAUCCUGCUUCUGCUCUGCGUGCUUGCUUAUGUAUGUGUAUGUAUGUGUGUGUGUUAUACUUAUAUUAAUUAUACUAUACAGAUGUUUUGCCUCCUGUUCUCAGUAGAACAAUUUCUCUUCUUAAUAUUUUACCAAUAUUGUAUAUGCCUUUGCACCCUUA